GCAAUACAUACGAAGGACACUAUAUAUGGGGAAUAUGUUUGAUAUGGGCUCGUUAUGCUCUUUCGAAUGACAUUUGAAAACGAGUGGCAAUACAUGCGAAGGACACUAUAUAUGGGGAAUAUGUUUGAUAUGGGCUCGUUAUGCUCUUUCGAAUGCCAUUUGUCAACGAGUGUCAAAGUAGAAAGAAAAGAAAAGAGGAAAGAAGAGGAAAAACAUCCAUGGUUUGCAAAGUGCAUCAUGGCGUGGUCGUUGCUGUUGCUGCUUCUGAAAUUUCUGUUAAUUCAAGGAGUAGUCUCACUAUCCUGUGACUUCAACAAUGAUUUUUGUGGAUGGCAACACCCAGUGAAUGCCACGGAUAAAUGGAUCUUGACUUCAGAACUGCACGGUAACUACACGACCUUCUUUCGCAAUGGGCAGCUAAUUUACCCCAACUUCACGGGUCAUGGAGAUCUUGUCCUCUCCUAUUACUUGUUCAGUAAUAGUUAUGAAAAAAAUGAGGAGUUGAGGGUGAAGGUAGGAAAUGCCACACUGCUGUCUGUAUUCGACGAGAGCAUUUAUUGGCCUUUAAGUUGGAACUCAUCUCGACUUCGGGUUGAUGCUGAUCGGGAAAAGGUCAUUAUCGAGGGAAUAAUUCGUAACAAUGCAGUGUCAAGAAUUGUGAUUGACAGCAUUAAGUUCUACGAGAAAAACGCUUCUUCCUGCCCGCUUCUCUUGAGUCCGUUGAAUGGCACGAUGAACUGUACACAUGACAGCACUGCUGUAGGCACCGUGUGUGUCUUUGGCUGCGAAGGUGGUCGGCGGGUCGUCGGAUCUACGGAGAGGCGGUGUCAGCCGACCGGUGAAUGGUCAGGUGUUCAGCCCGCAUGCCAAACCACGAUUAGACUAACUGAGGGGUACACCCACAUGGAUGGCGACGUUGAAAUACAAGUCGACGGUCGAUGGGGAAAGAUUUGCAUUGGCGGAGGACGGAUACAGGAAAAACUGGUCGCCAUGGUAACCUGCCGAUAUCUUGGAUACGAGGGGGAUGCAUACCUAAUGACGUCACCAUGGCAACGCAUACCUCGUGAUGCCUGGAUGGAUCUAAGGUCAUGUGACGGCACCGAAGCAUCGGUUACUGAAUGUGUUGGAACAUUCGAUCGGUACAUCUGUCCCUAUCACAGAAAACUGGCAGUGAAUUGCAAUAAGGCACCAUGUCCCGGCAAUUGUUCUUGCUCCGGUGAGGCCGUAAAUGAGAUCAGAUGUAGGAAGCAAGAUAUCCUGCCACAAGAACUGAUACUCAUUCCCUACUACACAGAGAAAGUACACAUACAUGGAGUGGACUGGAGUAUGUUGAAAAGAAUAAUGGAAAACCCGGCGAAUAACAAAAAACGCCUUAAGAUUCGGUUGCUGGAGUUUUCAGAUGCUGGUAUUACUAGAAUUCCAAAGGGGACUUUCAUCUCACUUUAUGCAUUAACAUUUUUGUAUUUGCCUUGGAACAGGGUAGAGUCACUGUCAAGCAUCGAGGACGGCGCCUUUCGGGAAAAAGGAUAUGGACUAGGAUUGGACCUCGGUUAUAAUGACAUCACGAAUGUGACGGCAGCGGACAUGAAAGGGAAAGAAAUGCUGUUUCAUUUGCAGCUGAAUCAUAACAGGAUUUCGUACAUCGAGGGUGGAGCGUUUAACGCGUGUACCCAGUUACAAUCAUUGAACCUCUCUACGAACAACAUCAGGCGACUUGAGCCCUACACAUUUCCGAGCGUAUUUCAGCUAAAGCUUGAUCUGUCAUCUAACAGGUUAGAGGAGAUCACAUACGACGUGUUUGGGCGCUUUGGUAACAAUAUUAACAUGAUUUUCUAUAACAACACAAUUUCCAAGAUAGAGCCAAGAGCCUUAGACAUUGGUUACAAUACAUUGGAUCUGAGGGUAAAUAAACUAACUGACUUCCCACCCGUGCACCCAAAAAGUCGAGUAUUUACUAUACUGCUUCUCGGUCAAAACAAAAUUACAAAGUUCUCACCAGAUAUCCUGGUCGGGAGUCGCUCCCUUAACUUCUUGGAUAUAAGCGACAUUGCUCUUGGUAGAAUUACUGUGGACCUGUUCAAGGACCUUUAUCGUCUUCUUUUGCUUAAUGCCGUGCGAGACAAUAUUCACCAUAUUGAGGACUUUGCUUUUCAAGGAAUUAAAGACAUCGCAUACAUAUUUUUGGACGACAACUAUUUGACAAAGAUCUCCAAGAAUACCUUUGCUGGCCCAAAACGGUUAAACACCCUGUGAGUACCAAUUGUACAAAAAGUAAGGUUAUAUACCCUGUGAGUACUGAUGGUUAUACACCCUAUGAGUACCGAUGGUUUUACAUCCUGUGAGUACCGAUGGUUAUACACCCUGUGAGUACAGAUGGCUAUACACCCUAUGAGUACCGAUGGUACAAAAAGUAAAGUUAUACACCCUAUUAGUACCGAUAGUACAAAAAUUAAGGUUAUACACCCUGUUAGUACCGAUAGUACAAAAAGCAAUUUUAUACA